AUGUCCAUGAGGAGCCCCAUCUCUGCCAAGCUGGCUCUGGAUGGCGUUGGCACCAUGGUGAACUGUACCGUCAAACCAGAGGAGAAGAAGGAGACUUGCCACAAGCCUCCCCAGGGGUCAGCCACUGCAGCUGAACCCCAGCCUGGAGACCCAGCCCAGGCCCCCCAGGAUGGCGCUGACCCCCAAGCUCCAGCCCAGGGUGUCUUGCAGGAUUGUAGCUCUCCAGAAAGCAAUGGGUCCCCAGAACCCAAGAGACCAGGAGCUGCAGAGGCUGCUUCUGGAAGCCAGGAGAAGCUAGACUUCAACCGAAAUUUAAAAGAAGUUGUGCCAGCCAUCGAGAAACUGCUGUCCGGUGACUGGAAGGAGAGGUUUCUGGGACGGAGUUCUGUGGAGCCCAAAGAUGUCAAAGGGACCCAGGAGAGCCUGGCAGAGAAGGAGCUCCAGCUUUUGGUCAUGAUCCACCAGCUGUCCACCCUGCGGGACCAGCUCCUAACAGCCCACUCAGAGCAGAAGAACAUGGCAGCCAUGCUCUUUGAGAAGCAGCAGCAACAGAUGGAGCUGGCCCGGCAACAGCAGGAGCAGAUUGCUAAGCAGCAGCAACAGCUAAUCCAGCAGCAGCAUAAGAUCAACCUCCUUCAACAGCAGAUACAGCAGGUCAACAUGCCUUAUGUCAUGAUCCCAGCCUUCCCUCCAAGUCACCAACCUCUGCCUGUCACCCCCGACUCCCAACUGGCUUUACCUAUUCAACCCAUCCCCUGCAAACCAGUGGAGUAUCCGCUGCAGCUGCUGCACAGCCCCCCUGCCCCAGUGGUGAAGAGGCCUGGGGCCCUGGCCGCCCACCACCCCCUGCAGGAGCCCUCCCAGCCCCUGAACCUCACAGCCAAGCCCAAGGCUCCCGAGCUGCCCAACACCUCCAGCUCCCCCAGCCUGAAGAUGAGCAACUGUGGACCCCGCCCACCCAGUCAUGGGGCCCCCACGCGGGACCUGCAGGCAAGCCCCCCCAGCCUGCCUCUCGGCUUUCUUGGUGAAGGUGACGCCGUCACCAAAGCUAUCCAGGAUGCUCGACAGUUGCUGCACAGCCACAGUGGGGCCUUAGAAAACUCUCCCAACACUCCAUUCCGUAAGGACCAUAUCAGCCUGGACUCAUCCCCAGCCAAGGAACGGCUGGAGGAGAGCUGUGUGCACCCACUGGAAGAAGCCAUGCUGAGCUGCGACAUGGAUGGCUCCCGCCACUUCCCCGAGUCCCGGAACAGCAGCCACAUCAAGAGGCCCAUGAACGCCUUCAUGGUGUGGGCCAAGGACGAGCGGCGGAAGAUCCUCCAAGCCUUCCCAGACAUGCACAACUCUAGCAUCAGCAAGAUUCUUGGCUCCCGCUGGAAGGCCAUGACGAACCAGGAGAAGCAGCCCUACUACGAGGAGCAGGCGAGGCUGAGCCGGCAGCAUCUGGAGAAGUAUCCUGACUAUAAGUACAAGCCGCGACCCAAGCGCACCUGCAUCGUGGAGGGCAAGCGGCUGCGAGUAGGCGAGUACAAGGCUCUGAUGAGGACCAGGCGCCAGGAUGCCCGCCAGAGCUACGUGAUCCCCCCACAGGCCGGCCAAGUACAGCUGAGUUCCACGGAUGUCCUGUACCCUCGGGCAGCAGGCAUGCCCCUGGCACAGCCCCUGGUGGAGCACUAUGUGCCUCGAAGCCUGGACCCCAACAUGCCUGUCAUUGUUAACACCUGCAGCCUCAGGGAGGAGAACGAGGGUGCCGAGGACAGGCACUCAGUGGCUGAUGGCGAGAUGUACCGGUACAGUGAGGAUGAAGACUCAGACGGCGAGGAGAAGAGUGACGGGGAGUUGGUGGUGCUCACAGACUGAACUUGGCUGGGUGGGC